ACAAACUUCACAACGCACCCUCGUUUUCAACUACAGACCAUUUUACUGAAAUGCUGGGUGGGUGCCAGGUUCAUGAAGACUAACUGUUCUGGACGGACACGAUUUCCUGAGAGAGAAGCACUCUUCUGUAGGAAAUUGAAGCUGUCUUGGUUGGUGCAGUUUUUCAUAUUUUUUAUAAGCAGAACUUAUUUUUGGAUUUUCGGCUGGAGGUUACAUGAGCUGCAUAAUUGGUUCCCUUGGGUGAGAGCUCUUCUGUUUCUACAUUAUUUCAAAUAACAGGGAGAUGCGUGUUCAGAUUUAUCAUCUGGCAAUAGAUGCCAAGCUACAAUUGUUGGAAAAGCCUAAUCUUAUUGUGCCAUUUUGAUGCAUGUAUACUUCUAUAAACACUCUGCAGGUCUCAGAGAUGCUGUACAUAACACAAUGGACUGUGGAUGUCUAUUAAAGCGCGUGCAGGUUAUGUUCCUUUUGACUUUUUGCUCCCUAAAAACAAAUCAAAAACUUUUGCGCAUUCGCUUUUUUGUUUUUUGAAGCGUGCAACGCCAAAAUGGCUCUGACUGAGAAUUGCAGGACUUAUCAAACGCCCAAGGACAGUGGACGUGCUCAGAGUUGCUCUUCUGAUGUGGUUGAGCUCAAUGUAGGUGGACAGGUGUACUACACUCGCCAUGCCACCCUCACCAGCGUGCCAAACUCACUGCUGGGGAAAUUAUUCUCAGCUAAAAAGGAUGUUUCCAACGACCUCGCGCAGGACAUCAAGGGACGCUACUUCAUCGACAGGGACGGAUUUCUCUUUCGGUAUGUGUUGGACUAUCUCCGCGAUAGGAACGUCGUCCUGCCGGAUUAUUUCCCGGAGAAAGGGAGGCUCAAACGGGAGGCUGAGUUCUUCCAGCUGCCCGAGCUCGUGAAAAUCCUGACACCAGAUGAAUAUAUCCACGGUGAUUUUGACGAAGCGUCCCAGGGAAGCGAUCAGAGGUUGUUCCCCGCGUCUUACCUGGACGCGCGCGAUAGGCGCUACGGCUUCAUCACGGUGGGAUGCAAGAGCUCGUGCGCCUUCGGGAGGGACGCGGAUCCCAAAGCGCGAGGAACACCCAAAAUCUUCAUCUGCGGAAGGGUCGGUCUGGCCAAAGAAGUUUUCGGGGACACUCUAAACGAGAGCCGGGAUCCUGACAGGCCAGCCGAGCGAUACACCUCUCAGUUUUACCUGAAGUUUCGCCACCUGGAGCGAGCGUUUGACAUCCUCGCGGAGAGCGGCUUCCACAUCGUCGCAUGCAAUUCAUCACUCACCCCUUCUCCGCACAACAGACGCACUGAUGACAGAUACUGGUCCAAUAACACAGAGUACGUCUUCUACCGUGGCCCAUCCGGAUGGUCUUCUUCUCACUGCGACUGCUGCUGCAAGAGCCACAAGAGCGAGCGUGAGGGUGAGAGUGGCACUUCCUUCAACGAGCUCUCCACUUCCUGUUCCGAGACCCAAUCAGAAGCCAGCUCUCCGCAGGAAACGGUCAUCGUGCGCCCGGUCACCCGUCAGCCCAACAUCCAGACUUUGGACCGGCCGGUGAAAAAGGGUCCGACCCCGAUUCCAAGGAGAACUGAUCUGCUUCGCGUUCGAACCACCGGGCCACGUGACGUCAUGGCAGGGAGGAGGAAACCGGCCAAGGAGAAGAUGACGCCAGAGCAGGAGCUGGAGAAAUGCAUCCAGGACUUCCGGCGGAUUAAAAUUCCAGAGUGCUUUCCAGAGAGGAAGUACAUGUGGCAGUCGGAGCUCUUGAAAAAAUAUCAGCUCUGAAAUGAUUUCCUGCGGGCUCGCUGAGCCUAUUAGUGCAACACAACAAAGCUCUCAGCGCAUACGAUGACAUCAUAAUUCUUCUUUGGUUGAACUUAAUUGGCUCGUCUGUGUAAUCAUGCGGUAAGAUGCACAAUUAACAAUUCAGUGAACCUCAAGUGACUCCUAAAGGGACCGGUCCUGUUUUGCUACCGGGCACAAUGGCAUUAAAGUCUAAACCAAUUUCUCAGUGUCUAGACAAACCUCUCAAAUAAAAACAGAUUGUAUAUAUACAAAAUAAUCACAAGUGUGUAUUACCUGGUGAUACUCAAAUUAGAUGCACGGACAGCACAGCAAUUUUGUACGGCGUUCCACCUGUAAAUGCAAUGAACAUAUGAGAACUGGAGGAUUCGUAUGUGAAUGUGGUUUGCAUUAUCCAAUACUGUGUUAAG